GAGAGAGCUCACGGAGCUCAGAGCAUGUCGCCUCCUGUUGCUGCACCUCACUGUGGGAUCUGCUGUCGACCUUUCAGACUGCACACAUGAACGCAGAAAGCUUUUUCACGCGCUUCCUCGCUAUGAACGAGCCGCAGGUUUGUCGGAGUGAACUGCGACCGCGUCUGCUCUGAGUCCGGAGGUCAAAAACAGGCUUGCCAUUGCGGGAAUCUUUCUUUUUUGACACAACUUGGCAGAGAAGUCGCUUGCUGCCGUUGCUGCCGGAGCUGUUUGUUUGAGGAGAAAGUGUGAAACAAGUUUGAGAGGGAGAGCAACAGAUGUUUUCUGGUGGAUAUGCGGCCGGCUGAGGAAUGAGAGCAGCAGCGAGGCACCGGCGGCCCUUCCAGCGGUUCUGCUGCUGUGGACUCGGACUGGUCGCCGUCAUUUGGCUGGCACAGGUCAUCCAGGCACCAGAGGCGGAGUCUUCUGGGUUUUGGCCAGGCGUGAACGGUGGGGAGCCACGAUGGACUCGCAGGCUGAUGCAGGAGAAGUCGGACAACCAGAGUGUGGAUCAGCCCCGAGCCGCCAUCCAUGAGUUUCCAGAGGACAUUUUUACCAAGGAGCAGAGGAAGAAGGGGGCUGUGUGUCUGCAUGCACUCUGUGCCAUCUACAUGUUCUACGCUCUGGCCAUCGUCUGUGACGACUACUUUGUCCCUUCCCUUGAGAAAAUAUCUGAGAACCUGCAGCUCAGUGAAGAUGUGGCCGGGGCGACAUUUAUGGCUGCAGGAAGCUCUGCUCCAGAGCUUUUCACCUCUCUCAUUGGUGUCUUCAUCACCAAAGGAGACGUUGGAGUUGGCACAAUUGUUGGCUCGGCCGUCUUCAACAUCCUGGUCAUCAUUGGCCUGAGUGGGAUCUUUGCAGGCCAGACGGUGGUUCUGACGUGGUGGUCCCUUUUUAGAGAUUCCUCCUACUACAUCCUCUCUGUACUGAUGCUCAUCAUGGUUAUCUAUGAUGCCACGGUUGUCUGGUGGGAGUCCUUACUCCUCAUGACCAUGUAUGGAAUCUACAUUAUAAUCAUGAAGUUCAACUCCCAGGCUCUGACGUUUGUGACGCGUCAGUUAAGGAGCUCCGGGCCGUGCUGCAUCAGAUCAGAAAACCACAGAGAUGACAAGAUGGGAGAGGAUGCCUCUGCUUGCAACACCUCCAUGGUGCUGCUCAACAAAGGCCAAGCCCACAGUCAGGAGGCUUCUCCAGUCAUCAUGGUGGAUGAGCUUCUCAUCCUCAACCCCCACAAGCUGUCCUUCUCCGAGGCUGGCCUGCGCAUCAUGAUCACCCCCCAUUUCUCCCCUCGCACCAGGCUCUCCAUGGCAGGACGCAUGCUCAUCAGUGAGAGACAGAGGCUGAUCCGGACUACGAAGAACCAGCGGGACGGCGAGGCCGGCCCCGGGUCACGAAGGGGAUCAGCCAACAACAGUCUGAAGAGGACGGGUUCCUGCAGUCUGGAGAACGGAGGCAGGAGAGCAGGGGUAGGAGAUGCAGAGUCAGGGGACAAGACAGGGGCUGAGGCAGGCCAGGCAGAGGAGGAGGAGGAUGACGAUGGGAUUUUCAGUCCCAUGCGCAUACCAGGUAGCUGCUGUGCGCGGGUGAAGUGGGUGAUCACGUGGCCUCUGGGCAUCCUACUCUACUGCACUGUGCCUAACUGUAUUCUGCCACGCUGGCACCGCUGGUUCAUGGUCACCUUUGUGGCCUCCACCCUGUGGAUCGCUGUCUUCUCCUACCUCAUGGUGUGGAUGGUCACCAUCAUCAGCUUCACACUAGACAUCCCAGACUACAUCAUGGGUAUAACCUUCCUGGCGGCGGGGACCAGCGUGCCAGACUGCAUGGCAAGUUUGAUUGUAGCUCGACAAGGCAUGGGGGACAUGGCGGUGUCUAACUCCAUAGGCAGCAAUAUCUUUGACAUCCUGCUGGGUUUGGGUUUCCCCUGGGCUUUGCGUACCCUUGUGGUUGACCACGGAUCAUCAGUCUCCAUAAAUAAUAAAGGACUGGUGUAUUCUGUCAUCCUGCUGCUGGCAUCUGUGUUCCUGACGGUGACAAGUGUUCAUCUGAACCACUGGAGGCUGGAUCGCCGGCUGGGUCUGGGCCUCUUGUUUCUCUAUGCCAUCUUCCUGCUCUGCUCCAUCUUUUUCGGGCAGAUGUGAGGCCUUAAGGUCAAAGGUCAACCCCGUCAGACAGCAUGAUGAGUACCUACCUUUCUACCACAUGUCCUCUUUCCUGAAGCCAAAAAAGAGUGACAGUGUUGUUGUGUUCCUUGUCAGCAUUUCUGUGCGCCUCAGUAGGACUCGCUAGGGGGAAACUGUCCGCAAUGCAAUUAUACAAACACACUGAAGUCUUUUAUAGAUAGCACAAUGUUUUUUUUUUUUCCUUUUCGUGCAGUGCAGUGUUUGAAAAGUCUUUCAAGUAUCAAAUGGGAUGAUUUACCAAAAUAUUGAAUGACAUGGCAGAUGGAAACAGCAGGCUGGUUGGGCCUUUAAUAACAAUUUGAAACAAGAGGUGACAAAAAUGACUGAUGGCAAUUAGAUACAUUAAUUGAGCAAAAAGACCAGUUUCCACCCCAUAACAACUAUUAUAUUUAAUCAUAUUUGAAUGUACAACAAUUAAUCUCACGCCCUUUUCUACGAACUUUCUUUAAAACAAAUAAUUUUCAGUUUUGGAAGCAAUGAAUUCCUGCUAAAAACUCAGCCAAGUUAGCAUAACCAACUAGCUAACACUCCAAAUCUCAACUGCCUCUGCUUGGUAACAUGUUUUUUGAAUGAAUGAUGAGUCAUCACUAUUUCAUCAAAGCAAAAAGCUGAAGUUUAGAUUUGCAAUAAUUGAAAAAGACGGUUUCUUCCUGUCACCGCAUCUCUUUUCAUGUGUUUAAAUUUAUUUAUUUAUAUUUUUAACAUUUGUGUUCUGCAAGCUGCUGCAGCUUAGCAGAUAAAUGAGAGUCAUUACUUAGAUGAUAUUAUCAACAACACAGCAAUCAAAGUUAUUUAUGAUAGAAAAUGUGUACAAACCAAUCACCAGAAAAAAAUGUUGGCAUUGUUUGUUUUUCAAGACUACAGUUAAAUUACAUUUCAAAUCAGUUCGAUUUCAUUUUAUUUAUAUAGCCCAAUAUCACAAAUCAGAAUUUGUCUCAGAUGGCUUUACAACAUGCCACCCUCUGUCCUUGGACCCUCACAGAAAAAAAAAGGUGAGUGUUCAAGGACAAAAAAAAAGUUAACAAACCUCAGGAAGAGCACUAAAAAAGGGACCCCUCUUCCAGGACAGGUAGAUGCAAUAUAGAUGAUAGAUAAUGUGAAUUGAAACUUUGACAUUGAAACUUUACCUUUCAACAUCAUUGUGAUUAACACGUGGUUAGGUUUAAGUACAAAGAAAUACUCGGUUAUGAUAGGGAAAGAUCAUUUAACCUAAAAUGCCCAGUUUUGGGAGUGCAAUUAAAAUUAAAAUCACCCUAAAAUUUAAUUUCUUCUUGAACUACGUAUAAAAAAAUGACAAUAAAGUUACCUUGUACAGUUACAGCUGGAAACACAGAGAUGUCUCAAUGAAAAACAACCGCUUUUAAUGCCAAUAUCUCCACUGGAAACAAGGUACCGGGCCCCUAAAACCACCAAUGUUUGGUACCUUUAAAGCUGGGAACAGAUUUCUCACUCAAAAACAACCAGUUUCGCUCUUCGAACAGUGGUCUGGCACUUGGCAGGCAUCUUGCCUGUCCUCCACCUCCAGAUGACAAAGUCAGCUCAUAUUCAACUUCACUUUCAAAACAUCAAUAUGAUAAUGGUGUGUUCAGACUUUUGUUUACCGGGUUGUCUUACAUUUCUAUUUAUAGGUUAGUUUAAGGCUGAAUUGCACCUAAAACGAAAGUUCAUUUCACUUGUUGUCAAACAGCGCAAACUGACUGGCAGAUAGCUCAUCUUUAGAGGGGGCACCUGGGGUGGCCAGUCAUUUUUCAGGGGGGGCCCAUGCCACCUCAGGCCACUCCCUGUGAUAUGAUAAGUAUGAAACUUGCAAAUGUAACAUAUUUGUGGUUUGUAGAAAUUUACAAUGUCGACAUUUUCUUCUAGCGACUGGGCUGGUAUCUCCCCUUCGGUGUCUGUUGGUGAGGAGAGUUCUAAAGUGUUUGUCUCCGGCAACAUAAUUUAACAGUUUGAGUUGGAUAUAUAGAGGUCGCAGGAAGCUGCAGUUGUGAUUUACAGUAGGGGAAAUGAGACUACCCAGUAAAAAUCCUGCGUCAAAAUACAGAAUCAGUUAACUCGAGAAAAAGUCAGGGACCAGGAUGUGUGAAAAAAAUCUAACCGUAGUUCCUGUUGUGAAAAUUGUUCUGUUUAUUAAAGAAACAAAAUAAGAAAUUACCAGGAGGACUUUAUAUAUAUUUGUGUUUUAAUAUAUAUUUGACAUGGUUUUAGAGGCCAUCUCACCUAUAUAGACAUUUUUAGAUAGAAAGUAAAAACUUUUUUCUUUUGUUUGUAGAUUUCACAUAUGUUAAAAAAUGGUACUUAAAUCUGCAAUGUAAUGCUUGGACCUAUUGUUCAAGAUUUUAAAAAAACAAAUUAAUAUUGUCUGCUGGCCUUAGGUUUGAACACCCUUGUAUGUUUUGAAUGUACAACCUAGCAUUAGUGUAGAAAUAUUUACAUGCGUUCAAAUGUAGCACUGAAUUACAGCAAAGAACCUCUGAACAGACACUGAGGUACUUUAGUCCUGCCAUAAAGGACACCAUGUAUGUGUCUGUAGACUUUAAGAAUAUAAACAUUGAUAUAAAAAUGCACAUUAUUGUGAUGAUAUUUUGACAAUUUUUGCUUAAGUACUUAUGAGCAAGUAUUGGUACAGCUUAAUGUACGUAAAGAGAUUAAACUAGCGUUACAGUAUUUUUAGAGGUCUUAUUACUAUGAAAUCUAAUAUAUAAUAUACUUCUAUAAGUGUCACAAACUUUGAUGACUUUGAGUGCAGGUUAGUUGUAUUACUUCACGUUUAGGUACGACAAUCGAUGUUUGUAUUGUUUCUUGUUUCUCUUUGGUGGAACAUUUUCACUCUGAUCAGGACAGAAGCAGCACAUUAUAUACACACACGUACAAACACUGUAUUUGCGUGCUUGAUAUAGCAACUAAGUUGUAUAUUCUAUAGUCCUUUGUACUUGCUGCUCCUCUGUCCUUAUAUGCGAAAAUUAGGAAAACAGCAAUUUGGACACCCUCGGAUAAGUAAUUCAGGACUAAAUGUUCCAUCAAAGGGAUCUGGGCAAGGCUUUUUUUUUAAAUGGCUGUAUAAUUAUUAUAAUUAAUGUCUACCUGAAAAUACUUUUUACUGUUUGUAAAUGUUAAAUAAUUGACAUAGUUUUACAAUAAUGAAUGUCUGGCAAAGACUAGUUUUGUGGUGUUUUUGAUAUUUAAAAAAAAAAAACAUAAUGUAAGCCUACUUGUGAAUUAUUGUAACAGAAUGAAUGCAUAUGUUAUGUCUUUGUUCAGUAGACAAUGAAAGAUGUAAUGUCAGAGCAGCACUCUGUUUGUAAUUAAUUCAAUUGCACUCGUGUCUUAAAAUCUCAC